CCGAGUGGCUUAUGGGAAAUUGUGACGUCAAAUCGUCUGGCUAGGAGAGAUGGGAGAUGGUGUUGUAAAAAAGGCGUCUAUUUCUUCCCUUGCUUCAUUAUUUCAAGUGCCAGAAAACAAAGCAUCACUUUUAGUAAGGUUUUAAGUGCCCAUAGGUGAUGGCCAAGUACCUGUGUGGCUACUGCCAGCGUGAUAUUUCAGGCCUACGAAUACGGUGUGCGGAAUGCACGGAGUUUGACCUUUGUUUACAGUGCUUUGCAUGUGGUGUGGAAAGCGGACCCCACAAGAAGGAUCAUCAAUAUCGAGUUGGGCGAGCUCUUGGAGCAGCAGCAUUUGACAUCCCAGCGCCAUGGUGUCUAGCAGAAGAAAACAUGCUUCUGGAUGCAGUGGAGCAGUAUGGUUUCGGAAACUGGGAGGAUGUCUCCAGUCAUGUAGAGACACGAACACAGUUAGAAUGCGAAGAGCAUUAUGUGAAGUUUUACAUUCAGGGAAACAUUGGGAAAGCGACUUUUCCAUCGGACACUGGAAGCAAGAUUACAGACCACACCACACCAGCAGGAGGACCAUUAUCACCAAGCAUUACUAUGCCCCUUCCACCGUUAGAUCUGCCACCACAAGAACAGCAAGAGCUAGGGUACAUGCCCCAUCGAGAUGAUUUUGAGCGGGAGUACGAUAAUCAAGCUGAGACCCUUGUCAGUGGUCUUGCAAUUAGUGCUGAUGAUGAUGAUUUAGAUUUGAAUGUGAAACUGUCAUGUGUGAGCAAAUAUCGUGUAAGAUUACGUGAACGUGAGCGCAGAAAACGAAUAGCCCGCUCUCAUUCUCUUAUUUCCACAAGUCUCAUUCCGAACAAAAAUGCCAAGACACCAAAUCCCAAGAGAAAGUUUGCCAAAGAAGAAAGGGAGAUUCUAGAGAAGAUGAAGGUUCACACACAGUUUCAAACCAGUGCAGAGCUUGAGCGUCUGCAAGAGACAUUGCUCAAGGAAAAAGAGCACAAAACCAAGAUCAAAGAAAUGUCGGAGUUACGGAAACAGGGUGUCACCCUUUUAAGUGAUGUAGAGGAUUAUGAAGAGGAGAAAUACAAGAGGGAGAAACGGAAGGAGAAUAGGAAAAAGAUGAGCACUUUGCAGACGCCAAAGCGGAAUUCAUCAGUUUCCAAGAAAGCAGAGGGAAAGGUGGAAAAGUUAGAUAUACUCAUCGACGACGACGACACAAAAGAUGACGAGGAGGCAGAGGCUGAGGAUAGCAAGGAGAUGGCCAGCAUGCCUGGCUAUGAAAUGUUAUCUGAGAGGGAAAAAAGGCUGUGCAAUUCCAUUAGAAUGAUUCCUGCAAACUACAUCACUAUAAAAACCUGUAUCAUCAAAGAUUACCUUCAGCGAAGGCAAGGUUUACCAGUCAAAAUCAGAUACCCUAGUGGUAUGGAUAAAACUCACAGACGCAAAAUAAUGAGUUUCCUCUCAGACAAUGGCUGGAUUGGUGUAGCAUAAGUGUGUGAAGAUGUGUAUAGAGUGUGCAAGACCAGCUGCAUGCUGAUAUGUGUGAUCUCUCAAAUUCAGAGAUUUUAAUCCCAGAUAUCACCUUCUUAAAAGGUGUUUGGACAUUUACUGGAAAUCAGGACUGCCCAGUUGCAUCUUGCCCUCGUCAGUUAUCAGAAAGGUAUUGUGAUAUUUCAUUUGGCAUGAUAUUCAGAUGACCUGAAAAGUGCAUCAUAUGAAUAUUAACAAAAUCCUUCAGUUAAAAAUUGUUUGGUUGAUUUCCAGAGAUAGCGAUCUGUUACAAGUGCAGAUAAGAGAACAGUUAUGUUUGGUUGAUUGUGAUGUAGGCAAAUAUAGUAUUGAUAUGUGAAAUGUAAGCUUAUCUGUCACAAAAUACCUCUUUGAUGUGAAGGCAGCGAUUUUAAAACUCCCACUCUCUGACCAAUCUGUUGAUCUGUCUCACUAGCCCCCUUGUGUCUGAAUAUUUGCCAAUAUCACUUCUGCCUUCUUGUUAUUUAGUAUUCGUCUAUGCCUAUUAUUUACACUUUGGCAACUCAUUGGGCUUAAAAGAUGAAAGAUUGCUUUUAAACAAGUUUUUAAAUAAAACUGUGAUUGUUUUAAAGUCUUAGAACUCUAGAAGGUUAAAAUGUUUACGUGAAAUCUGUGUUAUUAAGCAUUGCCAUUAGGCAAGGGGAGCUUGUUUGACUCCAUUGGAAAAGUGUUUAGGGGAUGGGGCAUUUUGAGAAUCAUCUGUACUAAUAAACUACCCAGUAUAUUUUUGCUUUUGGCUCCAUAGUACAUUUUCCAUUUAUUGUAUUCACCUUACUCAGGAAUUAUGCAAUGGUACAAUUGCAAAUGAUCAGUAAUAAUACAAUGAGAAAUGGUAUUUAGUGGUAUUAUCAUUUGCCUCUGUAAAGGUUGUGGAUCAGACUGCCUUAGUAUAUGCUAACGUUUUAGUUAGCUAGACAGUAAAUGAUUACCUGCUGUUUGAUAUUAGUGUUGUCAGUGAGAAAUAUUUAAUUGUGAUUGUCAGUAGUUUUCCAAGUAGAAUUCAGACAGUUUUUGGCAAAAAUGAUUUUUUAAAUCAUUUUUUCACAGAAACAAAUAGAGCGUUAAGGAACUCUUCUUUAUUGACAGCCCUAACGUUAAAUUGUAUCACAGUCUUCCUGAAAUACUUUAAAUCAUGUUAGAACAAAUGCCUUUGGGGGAAGGUUUUUUUUUUUGACAAAUAGUUGCAUUCAUCUCUCAACAUCCAUCAUUUUUCUUGUCCUCUAGUGGAAAAUUUCAGUGCAAUUUGUAGUAGUUGUUUUAUGUUCAAUAUAACAAAAUCCCUUCCAUAAAAAUUAAACUGCCAGUUUGUUAUUUUAAAUCACGUUACUUUUGUGAAAAUGUUGGGGCUUGUCAUUCGCAGACUGUGCUUUCUGAGUCAGCUUUCAUGCAAGCUGAAAGCAGCAGUUGGCUUAAAGUAGUCAGAUUAGUGAAUCAAAAAAUAAUUAGAAAAGCUUUGGUUUACUAAAUAUGGUUUAGUAGAAACUUGUACAGUGAACAUGAUAACAUAUGUUUACCCUUUUUGCAAAUCUUUGAAGGGUUGAUGGCCAGGAAUGAUUAAUAGGUCACCUCCAUCAGAUGUGCAUGCAAGUUUAAAAAAUUUACAGAUUUAACCAAAAAAAUUAAAGUUGUUGGUAAGACUUUUCCUCCAUGCAGUGUUAAUGUUGCCCUUCGAAACCAAGCUUCUCAGAAUACAUGGAAUCCAAAAAGAAACACGAAUGCAGUGUGUUCUCAAGGGUGCUCUGCAUCAAGUACCCAAUCUCUAUACUGGGCCAGCAAGAGCCUGCAAUUGCAAAUACAGGCAGUCCUCAACUUACGAAGCUGUUCCGUUCCUACGUCGCAUCGUAAACUGAAUUUUUGCUGUAAGUCGGAACAUACGUACAUACUGUACGUAAAUAACUUACUGUAAACACUUACCCUAUCCUAACACCUAUCCUAACACAGUAAUUAUGAAAAACACAUAUAAAAUACGUUUAAUAAUGAAAUACGAAAUUUGCGUUACGAAGUCUACAACGCAAAACCACUUAAGUCAAAACAAGGCUUUAUCCAGUAAAUGGGAGAUGUGUUGUAACCAUGAAACAUCAUAACUCGUGGCUGACAUAACCCGAGGACUGCCUGUAGUAACUUGGUCACCUGACGACAGGUGUAAAAUGUCACAUCUUGCAUUCCCCACCUCUUUCCCUUGGUUAGAAGAACAACUUCAGGCUUGAAAUAGAAGGUAAUGAUUCAACAUGAGUAAUACCUUUCAUAAAAGGUGAAUACUUUUCAAGUUCUUCAUUGCCCAGUGGAAAACAUUAAACAAUGAUUAUAAGAUGUAGGUAGGAUGAGACACAUUACCAAAGCAAAGCAAAAAAAAAAAAGAAAGAAAGAAAGGUGAUAUUCCGUUAUGCAAGAAGUUUUAAUUCUUAACUCUAAGCUAAGCCACUUGAUUGUAAUGCCCACAUCUAAACAGAUGAAUAUGCAUUGACAUACAACUUGAUGCAGGUAGUGUUCCGAACCUGAUGUUUCAAAGCAUCUAGAUUGUGUUAAGUUUGUACUUGUUCCUUGGUGUGUGCUUCUCCACCAGAUUGGUCAGUUCCUUAUCAACUUUGUAUUUAAGCUUUGUUAAAGACGUCUGUGUUAUUGUCUUUCUCCCCAGUCCUUGUCAUCUGUAGUAGGCGAGGAUUCAUUGACAUGCUUUGCGUAAUUAUGGUUGUUUACAACAUAAGAUCCUAUGCAAAUAACUGUUACAGGCUGUAGAAAAUUAAACCAAAUUUAAGAUAUAUUUUUGUUUGGGGGAAAAAAUCAGUAUUUCCAUGAGAUUAGAGGACUUAUUUAUUAUUAUUUAAAUAUCUUCCACAUUUCUUCUUGUCUUUAGAUCUUGUGAAAAUAGCUGUUGCUUUUAGUUUGUUUAUAAUAAUGGGAAAGGGGUUUUUGCAUGUUUUAUUUGCUAUGUUAAAGGUUAAAUGUUAUGAAGAUAAUAAUCACUGUAUAUCAGAAUAGGAGGUAUUUCUGACAAGUUUAAGAUGAAACGAAAUUAAGCUUGUUGUUCAUCAGCAAAAUGUCAGUAAUUUGCAUUACAGAUGCAUGAGUCAUAUAUUCAAUUCAUUAUUCACUACAAAACUGGUGUUUCUGUUUUCGUUACAUUAGCAUUUCUCAACAUCAUUUGCAGGCAGAAUUUAAAAACCCUUUGGUAUGUAUAGAAAUGCUUAGUUUUCAGAUGAGAUCACACUAAUGAUAUAUCAUACAAAUAAUUUAAGUGCCCAGAAUUUAAAGUAACAUGUAAACACCAGCAGUCAUUUGUGCUAAAGGAAAAUUAAGUUACUAGUUUUAACAGUAAAAGCAGUUUGUUGAAACAGAUUAUAGAAUUAUCAGAUCCCCUUGAAUUUCAGUGAGACCAAAGUUCACUGAAUUAUUACAAAGAUAUUGCAAAUAUUAUGCCUGGCAAAAAUAUCUUAAAAGUGACCACUAAUUUGAGCAAAGCUAGCUCAUUUUUUGUGGGAUAUGCAUAAUCUGUGUUAAUAUUUUUGUGAAUUUAGAAGCUUGAGGGAUAUUUAAAAUUCAGUGGAUCAAGACAAUAGAUAUUUAACACAACCUUCAGAUUAACUGCUGUCUUGUGAGAUCCCUAGAAGUUUUUAAUUUCAGUGUUUAGUCAGCUGGAUCUAAAUAAUUUUUAGAACAAGUUAAAAAAAAUGAGCAUUAAUAAUACUAAAACCCUGAAGCAUUCUUUGAUUAUUUAUAAACAGUACAAAUUUUCAUUUGCAUCAUGUUAUGUCAGCACUAUUCUGCAACUUUUUUAUGUUCGGUUUUUCAUUGCCUUGUCAGAAAAGGAAGCUUACCAGAAAAUUCAUUAUAAAUGUUUGCUGUUUCAUUUUAAAAUAACUGUAUUUAUGGAUUACGUGGCUGUCCUUUUGCAUGGAAGGCUGAUGAGGCAGCUGCUGUACAGGACUUUGUGUGUGUCUGAGUGAGAGAGAGAGAGGUCUGAAUAGAUGUGUGUGACAGGCGUUUGUGAGAGAGGUCUGAAUAUGUAUGUGGCAGAAGUGUGUGAGAGAAGGGGGAUGACAGGCAAUGUGCGGACAUAUAUGGAUGGUGCACAUGCUUUGAAUACCAACGCAAGUUUUCAACAUGACCAAUAAAAUUCUUUAUUGUUAAAAA